UUGAUUGUUUUAGGUGUUCAAGUGGUGGCAGCGAAAGCAGCGUCGCCUGCGGGUACUGCGCUGUCAACAGCAGGUACUGCUGGUUUCCCGGCGCAGUUGGGUGGAGCCACAACUGCAACUUCUAUGGAUCCAUAUCAACACGUGAUGCAGCAGUAUACUUUGAGUGCCUUGGCAAACCAAAUGAACACCAGCGCUCAGGUGACUGUGCAGGGCACUGGUAAUGGAGACGUCAAGGGACCGGAAGGAUCUAAUCUGUUUAUUUAUCAUUUGCCCCAGGACUUCGGGGAUUCUGACUUGCAGACAACUUUUUCUCCUUUCGGGACAGUGCUAUCAGCUAAGGUUUUCAUUGACAAAGUAACGAACCUUUCAAAAUGCUUUGGUUUCGUUUCGUAUGAUAAUGCGGUGUCAGCACAAAAUGCCAUUGCUGCGAUGAAUGGGUUCCAGAUAGGUUCUAAACGUUUAAAAGUGCAGUUGAAGAAUGAAAGAAGUCAUCCCUAUCCUAAAGCAGUCGUCUAA